GCUGCGCCGGCGGAGCGGAACUGGAGCGGCUGCCCGCGAACAUGGCGGCGGCGGCGGAGCAGCAGCUUUCGGAAGCCUCUGCCGUCGUCGCCCCUCUCCCGCUCAGCGGCGGUGGCGGCGGUGGCGGCGGCUCUGGGUCUGUGCCGGUGCCGGUGCUCUUUUGCUUCUCGGUCUUCGCCAGGCCUUCGACGGUGCCACACGGCUCCGGCUACGAGAUGCUAAUUCAGAAGUUCUUGAGCCUUUACGGCGACCAGCUCGACAUGCACCGCAAGUUUGUGGUGCAGCUCUUUUCCGAGGAGUGGAGCCAAUACAUCGACCUGCCCAAGGGCUUCCUGGUGAAUGAGCGGUGCAAACUGCGCCUCGUGCCCCUGCAGAUACAGAUAACAACAUUGGGCAAUCUCACACCAUCCAGCACUGUGUUUUUCUGUUGUGAUAUGCAAGAAAGAUUCAGACCUGCUAUCAAGUAUUUUGGAGAUAUUAUCAGCGUAAGCCAACGAUUGCUUCAAGGUGCACGGAUUUUAGGAAUCCCAAUCAUUGUAACUGAACAGUAUCCUAAAGGUCUUGGAAGCACCGUUCAAGAAAUUGACUUAACUGGAGCUAAACUUGUUUUACCCAAAACAAAGUUUUCUAUGGUCUUGCCUGAAGUUGAGGCUGCUAUAGCAGAAAUACCUGGAAUCCGCAGCAUUGUUUUAUUUGGAGUAGAAACUCAUGUAUGCAUUCAGCAGACAGCACUAGAAUUAAUUGGCAGAGGUUUGGAAGUUCAUAUUGUGGCUGAUGCAACCUCUUCAAGAAGUAUGAUGGACAGAAUGUUUGCUCUGGAGCAUGUUUCCUUUAUGGGACGGAUUUCUCAGAAUAAAGACACAAAGCGCCUUGCUCGCACUGGGAUUAUUGUUACCACUAGUGAAGCAGUAUUGUUGCAGCUGAUAGCUGACAAAGAUCAUCCCAAAUUCAAAGAAAUCCAGAACCUCAUUAAAGCAAGUGCUCCAGAGUCAGGACUUCUUUCUAAAGUAUAAAUACUCUUAAAAGAAUUCGACAAAGGAAAAUGAAUACAUAAAUACACACUAUCACAUGGAGAUGUAUAAUCUCUCCUACACGCCUAUCAAUUGAUGUAUUUUGCCUGCCUUAGCAGAAUUUGUUAUAUUAUGCUUUCCAGGUGCUGGUAUAUUCUAUAGUUGUAGCUCUUUGAGUCUUGACGCACCGUAGGGUCAUUUUCUGUUCAUAAUAAAGUUUAAAAUAGAGGUACAUGUUUGUCAGUAUUGUACCCACUGAUUGUAAUUUAACUCCUCAAAAGGAACCCCCGUAUUUUUGUGAAACCUUUUUGACUGAAUAAAUAAAUGUACUGUGGAAUUGUAUUACUAUUUGUAUAAUUAAUGCAGUGACCUAGAUAAACGUGUUAAUUAUGUUUUAACAUUCUAUGAAUGGAACAAUAUUUUAAAUGAAACGGGAUACAGAGAAGAUGCUUAAUCAUUAGAGAAGGCAAUAAUAUAAAUGCAUAAUUAUUUGUGAUAUAGCUAGGGUCGUUCUUAAUUAUUCAGGACUUUAUUAAAUGCUGUUGCAAAAUCAUUUAUUGAAAGUUUUUAACUAGAAAAUUCUAAAAUGUUCACUUCCAAAUCCCAAGCAAUUCUGUCAACUUGUUAAUAGGAAUAUAAGAGAGAUUGAUGAGACUGAAGUAGGAAAUUUUAUUUUACUUUUAAAUAUUCAAAACAAGAUGCUCAAGCUUCUCAUUUCCAAAUGUUGAAAUAACUUCUUUCUGGAUGUGUUCAGGGAUUUAUUUUUAAUCCCUGAAUGUAUAGAUUUAAUGAACUCCAUCUGGUUUCUGCAUUAAUUCUGGUAAAUUAAAGAUGUAGUAAAACCUGCAUCAGUUUUAUGCUGCAUUUUGAAAUACAUAUGCUGAAUACUGUUUAAAAAAAAGCCUGAUUUAAUAGAGUGUACUGUUUUUGAUGUACUGUUUUAUAGCUAGAAAUAAAUUUGAGUAAUCCUG